CACAAAUAAUUCAUCACAACUUCUCUUCAUAAUUCAAUGGCAUCAUCAAUUCUCCCUCACUCCCCAUUCCUCUCAUCCCGGCCUAUUCUCAAAACGCGAAACCCUAAACCCCACACCGGACUCCUAGUGUUUGCGUCAAAACGAGACGCCAAUGGUCAUAUGGUGGACGAAAGCAUGAUCGUUUUAAGGAAGAGGAUUCAUGAGAUGAAGAUGAUUGAACAGGAUUACGAGCCGCCUUCUGAUUGGAUGGGCUGGGAGAAAAGCUGCUACACGAGCUACGAUGCUUACAUUUGUGAAGUGAUGGGGGUACUGCAAUCGGGGUUGAUGAAUACAAGGCCGAGUCUGGCUCUUGGUUUGAUGGCUUUGAUUAUGUUAAGUGUGCCAGUGUCGACUGUCGUGGUUGCUUCUAAUGCUGUGGAGGUUGCUAAGAUGGUUUUGAAUGGAUUAUUGCAUUGAUCAAAUUUUAAAGAUUUGUGCUUAAAUUCUUGUAGAUAUAUAAGAUUAUGUUUUAAAUCUUAUGUUUUUAGUUAUUAUAAAAUGGAUUAUUAAUGUAAAUUGGGUGUUUAUUA